AUGGGCUUGCGCGGAACGCUCGAUCUCAGCUCGAAGAAAGAAGGCACGGCCGACGAUGGGGCGAGUACAGUCUCGGCAGCACCCGCCUAUGAGCCAUCCGCAAGCACAUCCACUCCCAGAGCGAGUAUAUCUGCACCAGUCUCAUCCUCGACAAGACAUGCAGAAGACGUAGGCGAGUACGAAUCGUUUCAUGUCUAUCGAGGCAGGGGCGCUCUGUCUUGGUCAAAGGAUGAUGUCGUCACCUUUGCCGACAAAAAGACCAUUCUCUUCUGGAUCUACUUCCCGAGAACUUUCUGGGGCGACUGGCAGAUCUCUGUACAUGCCCAUAACAAGCAGGGGCCACUCGUCGGCACGAUCACGAGACCUCUCAAAUUCUUCAAGCUCGCAAGCUUCACAAUCGAUAUCCAAGGCUAUCGAACCGUUUUGACUGAGAUCUGGUCCUUCAGAGGUCUCAAGCUCGAAUUCGCCGGGCCAGAUGGAAAGCUUUACGUUUGGCAGUCAGUCGGCGUCUUUUCGUGCGAUCUCGAGUGCAUCGCGAAAGCCUCGAAGGAUCUCGUUGCUACCUUCAGACAGAGCGUCUUGGCUCUCACCAAGGACGGCGAGCUCAGGAUUGGACGAGCAGCUAUGCAUCAUCGCGAUCUGCUCCUGUUCACGGGCAUCGCCGCUGAAGAAUGGGCUGCUCAGAAGCGGCAGCGUCGCAACGCUUAG